AUGACAACCCCAUCACAACCGCCCUUCUCUCCACACCACUUCCACCGCAUAACAAACACUUCGAACCCCUCCAAUCCCACCCUCGACGUCAUAAAUGAUGCCGGCAGACAAAACAGCACCGGUCUCCUCAAAGUAACUCGCGAAGGGUACUACUCUGGCCAAUACUGGUCAUUCACCCCUUCAGGUACACCUCAUUGCCCUCCCCAAGCCAGCGAGCCAUCAAGGGAUACGACCUCCACCUCCAACACCUACCGCAUCCGCACAUGGUGGCUGGGGCCAAACCGGCAACUCGAUGUCUACGCAGAUGACACGUCGAAAGCGGUGUUGAGGCGGGCGGAUGCUACUGAUACAGCAAAUGCGCUGGACUGGAGUAUCGGACAGUGGGAAGAUGGUACGUGGUGGAUUGGGAAUGAAGCGAGUGGUGUGUUGAAAGUUUUGGAUGUUGGUGAGAGGGAGGAUAGGAGGGAGGUUGUGUUGAGUGAGAAAGACGAGGGGAAGAAGACGCAGAGAUGGACAGUUGAGGUUAUUAGGGAGAUUGAUGAGCAGGAGUAUCAUGAAACACCUAUUACUCCGACUCCUGAAUAG